AUGGACUGGGCUCAGGGAAAUUGGUAUCAUUUGCAGAGUGUGGUUGAUCGAACAAGCACAUUGCAAGAGGAUGCGAGGGCAAGCUCUUCACAAAAGAAUGUGAGAGUAAGAUCAGGAAGAGGAAAAUCCAUUAUUUGUGCUGUUCUCAGUGCCAGUUCGGCCGCUGCUGUAGAGGCGAGGGAACGCUGCCGAAACCUCGUUCGGUCCCUUCAGGGGCAAGUGGCAGACUUAAAGGUACAGCUUGAACGAGAGAGAGACAAGGUGAAACAUCUGCAGACUGCUCUUAAGGAGCAACUCCUUGCGGGCACUGCCCAUGAGGAAAUACCUCCAAGGUCAGGAACUGGUUACCCUUUUGACGACUUGCAGGCAGCAAGAGAAAGAGUAGAGAAAUUAGAACCGCCCUCGCUGCGACCCUUGGUUAAGACUGAGUAUAUUUACGAUGAUGAUCAGGAUCAGUCCCCCCAAGUCACAACCAAGGAGGUCCCCUAUACUGCCACUGAAUUGGCAAAGUUAAAAAAGGAUUUCAGUCGAACCCCUGGGGAGUCAGAGAUGGAGUAUGUGUGGAGAGUAUCGUUUCUGGGGGGGGAUCAGAUUUUGCUGAGCGAAAAGGAGGCGGAGGGGUAUUGGGGACCAGGAGUAUUCUUAAUUACUGGGAAUCACUGUGCCCCUUGGUCUUUAACUCAGUGGGUAGCCUAUUGGGCGAGGGGUUUGAACGCCUUGGAGAGGGGGGAUCCCCUCGAAAUUAUGGGGACUGUUGAUCAAUUGGUGGAAAGUGUGCAGAAAGCAGCUUGUUUGCAGAUGAUGUAUGAUCCAAAAUUGGAGCCUAGGCAGAAGUCCUCGAUGACAAUUACAGGGGAAAAUACAAGCAAUGCCUUGGGGCAAAAGGGUGGAGACUCUGAAGCCAGCCAGAAGAAAUACAUGAAGCUGUUGAUUGCUUGCCUAGUUUUGUUGGAUGGCGGUGACGGAUUGGGUGUUAAGUUACAUGAUGUUCUCAGUCGAUAUCGGCGGUCCAUUGAUACCACUAUAGUGGGUGGAAGUGGUCAAACCUGGGGUACAGAUGAGUGGACCCCUCAACGUAUCAUACAACAUUAUGGGCCUGCCACCUGGAACCCCAAUGAACGGAUUAGCGGUGCUUGA